AUGCCGGCGCCCGUUCCCGGCGUUGCCCCGCCGCCGCUGCGGCUCACGGCCUCGACACGCCGGGCCUCAUCGCCGUCGUCUCCCCGCCUCGCCCCCGACACCCGCGGCGCCCCGAGGCCGACGUCGCCGCGUGGAGCCCCCCCGUCGCUGGACUACCUCCCCGCCGUCCUCUACGUCGUCGCCUCCUCCCUUGCGCCGGCCGUCCCCGUCCUUCCUCCCCAACGGCUACAACGAGCCUCGCCGCCCCUGUUCCCCUGCAACGAAAGUGAGCGCACCCCCCUCUUUGCUGCCUUCCACGCAUGCUCGCGCCCGUCGCCGUCCGCGUCGCGCUCUGGCCACCCCCCGAGCCCCGCUCGUGCAGCCCGCGCCUUUGUCACGUCCGCGCCCCUGCCCUUCUCUGCUCGUGGCCAAUGCCUCCUCUGCGUCCUAGCCGCCGUGGUCGCGCUCGGCCGCCGCCAGCCCCGCAGCCCGCACGCCUCGCUCCCUGUGACCUCGCCCGCGGCCGCGGUCGCUGCAGCGCCGCGCUUAGCGCGCCGGCCGCCCCUUUCCCCCCUGCUCCGCUCGACCCCUGGCCUCGCCCCGGCCUCCCGCAUCCCUCCCCGCUCUGGCUUGCCCUUGUGCCACCGCGCCAUCACCUCCAGCGCCCCGACCGCGCGCAUCGAGCGCUCCGGCAUCCGACGCCCAGCGCCCGAACGCCACUGCCCGUUCGCCGUAUUCGCACGCCCACUGGCCCUGUGCCACUGA